CACCACCACCAACACCACACGGGACCACAGUCGUCACUCGACGGCGAGUAGUGCAGAUGAGGAUUACUUACUCCGCCGCUCCUCGGGUCAAAAUAACGCCAUCAUCAACGAAUUAGGAGCCGCGUCGCCGUCUACAUAUUCACCGUCUUUGCCUUUGUCAUCCUUGUCGUCGAAACAGCCGGACAGAUCGAGUUCGAAACCGGAAUCGGAAUCGAAAUCGGAUUCGAAAUCGAAAUCGGGCGCCGGUGGUGAGGAAAUCCAACAAGCCGCGGCGGUAGAUUUAUUCCGGUCGUGUCAUUCGCCCGGAUUACCUAGUAGUGUGGCAGCAGCGGGAGAACAGCGAGGGAUUAGUGGUGUUGUUGCAGCAAUAGAAGGAGACAAGUUCGCCUCGUCGCAUUCGCCUGGAUUAAAUAAUACUUGUGUUGAUUCUGAUGGGAAUUUUGGCGUGAAUAACGGCAUUAUCACCGCCCCUGCAGCAACAACAGCAACAGCAGCAGCAGCAGCAACAACAGCAGCAGCUGUUGUUUCUUCCUCCUCCUCCUCUCCCGUGUCCAACGGGGAAGAAAAAGAUCUUUACGAUCAUCGUCAUAAUCAAAAUCAUCGUAACGAAUCGUUGCGUCCUGCGCCCUUUCAACCGAGACCUCACGAUCUGAAGGUUGGUGUGGUCGGAUCGAACGGCGCUGUCAACGGGCACCACCACCACCACCACCACAACAACCACCAACAUCACAACAACCACCACAACAACCACCACAACAACCACCACCAACAUCACAGCAACCAGCACCACCACAUUAGCCCCCACCAUCUCCAGCAACAGCGGUCCCCUGGCGUUGUGUUCGAUGUAGGCAGCGGAGAGUUUGAGUUCGAUCCUUUCUCUGCUGAGGAUCAAUCAUCGGAGUACCUUAGCAGCGCCUUUCACGAGUCGCCCUUGGAAUCGGCGGCCACCCCGCUCCUACAGGACGAGACGAUGAGCGAGGGGGAGAGGGCGAGGGCCGGGGAGAGAUACUUUCGGGGCGCCGAAGUGGCACCGGCCAGCAACAAAGAUGGUCACAUCUUGGCGAACGGGCACCACAAAGAGGAAGACCACAAGAGGGACUUCAGCGACAUGCAUCUAGGCCAGGAUGCGGAUAAGAAGAAGAGGGAGAAGGAGAAGAAGAAGAAUGGGCAGAAAGAAGGAGAGGAUGGAGGAGACGGAGAGGAAAACUCUGGCGAGGACGAGCAGUCCGGAGGAGAGUGCGGAUGGGGGAGAUGCCAGCCCAGCUUUUGUCAACGUCUGCGAGACCCGCGCUGUUACCUGGUGGUCAUCACGCUAUGUGGAGCUGUGCAGG